AUGUUCUCUUUUGGCCGCAAAGGGCUCGACCCUCACCGUGCAUUCAUCUUUGGCCUCGAUGUUGCAGGCAAGAAGACGACAAUGCAUCGCUUCACGCAAGGGGUGAAGGAGGUCGAACGGGUCCCGCCAAAUUUCAUCGCCGGCCAACUCAUCGAAACCUUCAGGUUCAAAAGUGGGUCAACAUAUGAACUCAUUUCAUUUGGAGGAUGCAAUAGGUUCAGAACACCCUGGGGCUCCAGCCACCCGCAGAAAGCAGACUUCGUCGUCCUCGUCAUUGACAUAAACGACCAAGACCGACUCCCUGAAGUCGUCGAAGAGCUUUCCAGAUUGCUUUCCUCCAUACGAAACGAGAUCGAGUGCCACGCCAUGUGGAUCCUUCUCAACAAGCAGGACCUGGUUCCAGACGCCCAGAGGGAGGAUUACGUCGACAAGGUGAGGCGCGAUCUGGACUCUGUCACAGCGCAAUGGGCGGGUGACUGGACCAUCAGGAUCGUCGACACGCCUGGCCUCAGCGCCCACUCGAACGACGGGAUGCAGACCGUCGUGGAUGAGAUCGCCGUAUUCCUCAAGAACAGGGAGGUGACCGGACCGCUUCGCCACGCGAUGGAAAGGGUCCGGGGCCCCAAGGUUCCGUAUCACUUGGCCACAAGCUAUCUAAAGCGCGGAUCCUCGAAAUGA